UCAUGGAUCACUGCCUUGCCGUGGCGAAGGGGCUUGAAGAACUCAGAGAAGCUAUGAACUACGCCGAGCAGGGCACACAAGAUGAACAGGUCAUAGUGGAGAGUUUUGACCAAACGUGAUCCACCUGGAGGAGGAACCGGCAAGCCACUCCAGUAUCCUUGCCAAGAAAACUCCAUGGACAAAGACAACAGGCAUAUAAAAGUUAUGACGCUGGAAGAUGAGCCCCUCAGGUCGGAAGGCGUCCAACAUGCUACUGGGGAAGAGCGGAGGGCAAGUACAAGUAGAUCCAGAGCUGAUGAAGUGGCUGGGCCAAAGCCGAAAGGACGCUCAGUUGCGGAUAUGCCUGGAAGCGAAAGGAAAGUCCAAUGCUGUAAAGAAAAAUAUUGCAUAGGAACCUGGAAUGUAAGAACCAUGAACCUAGGUAAGUUGGAGGUGGUCAAAAAUGAGAUGGCAAGAAUAAAUAUUGACAUCCUGGGCAUCAGUGAACUAAAAUGGACGGGAAUGGGCGAAUUCAGUUCGGAUGACCAUCACAUCUACUACUGUGGGCAAGAAACCCGUAAAAGAAAUGGAGUGGCCCUCAUAGUCAACAAAAGAGUGGCGAAAGCUGUACUGGGAUGCAAUCUCAAAAAUGAUAGAAUGAUCUCGAUACGAAUCCAAGGCAGACCUUUUAACAUCACAGUAAUCCAAGUUUAUGCACCAACUACUGGUGCUGAAGAAACUGAAAUUGACCAAUUCUAUGAAGACUUACAACACCUUAUAGAAGUGACACCAAAGAAGGAUGUUCUUCUCAUUAUAGGGGAUUGGAAUGCUAAAGUAGGGAGGCAAGAGAUAAAAGGAACAACUAGCAAGUUUGGCCUUGGAGAUCAAAACGAAGCAGGGCAAAGGCUAAUAGAGUUCUGUCAAGAGAACAAGCUGGUCAUCACAAACACGCUUUUCCAACAACACAAGAGACGACUCUACACAUGGACAUCACCAGAUGGGCAGUAUCGAAAUCAGAUUGAUUAUAUUCUCUGCAGCCAAAGAUGGAGAAGCUCUAUACAGUCAGCAAAAACAAGACCUGGAGCUGACUGUGGCUCAGAUCAUCAGCUUCUUAUAGCAAAAUUCAAGCUUAAACUGAAGAAAGUAGGAAAAACCACUGGGCCGGUAAGAUACAAUCUAAGUCAAAUCCCUUAUGAAUACACAAUGGAAGUGACGAACAGGUUUAAGGAUUUAGAUUUGGUGGACAGAGUGCCUGAAGAACUAUGGAUGGAGGCUCGUAACAUUGUACAGGAGGCAGCAACGAAAACCAUCCCAAUGAAAAGGAAAUGCAAGAAAGCAAAGUGGCUGUCCAACGAGGCCUUACAAAUAGCGGAGGAGAGAAGGCAAGCAAAAUGCGAGGGAGAUAGUGAAAGAUACAGGAAAUUGAAUGCAGAUUUCCAAAGAAUAGCAAGGAGAGACAAGAAGGCCUUCUUAAACGAGCAAUGCAAACAAAUAGAGGAAAACAACAGAAUGGGAAGAACCAGAGAUCUGUUCAAGAAAAUUGGAGAUAUGAAAGGAACAUUUCGUACAAAGAUUACCAUAAUAAAGGACAAAAGUGGUACGGACCUAACAGAAGCAGAAGACAUCAAGAAGAGGUGGCAAGAAUACACAGAGGAAUUAUACCAGAAAGAUAUGGAUGUCUCGUACACCCCAGGUAGUGUGGUUGCUGACCUUGAGCCAGACAUCCUGGAAAGUGAAGUCAAGGGGUACAACCAAUCAGUGAUGACAAUCUGCGAUUAUAAGCCUAAACAAAACAGCCGAGCGCUUCUGCCGAUUGGGAUCAUGCAGCAAGGUUUUCAAGCCCUGAAGCCAUCCUUGAGUGGAGAUCGUGUGGUCAUCUGCUUGGUGAAUCGCACCUUCCUGCGGAGUAAAGGACACGAACAGGUGUUUGUCUUUGCAGAUGUGCCAGGUCGCUCCCGAGUCAACGAUGAAGAAAGAUCUAGACGUCUUCUGAACCUGUGGAGUGUAGCAGAAGAUAACCUGCAUUCCGUUCUUCUGGGCCCGGAACCAAAAAUGUCGGGAUCUCCGCUCGGCCAAGCUGAUAAAGCUCAUUUUCCUCCGGCCGAGUCCUCCGACGAUAAUUAA